AUGAUCAACCUCUUUGGCUCGGCCGCCAAGAGUGUCCAGACUUGGGCAAGUCGAUCUCGAAGACCCUCAAACUCCUCAGCACCAGCUGAACCAACACUUCCUCACCCACCUCUUCCACCACGACGACGACGCGCGUCACCCGUUAUAGUAGAAGACGUAUCUGAAGAAUCCUCGGUCAAUGACACUCUACCAUCCCUCGUCACAAAGGACCCUUAUCACAGCAGCAGCGAUGACUCUUCCACCGGCAGUCACCGCCGCAACACCUCGUCAUUUGACCCUCUUCAACAAGUCACUCCACCCCGGCGAGUCACCCAAUCGCCAAUCUUUCACCAAGCCACCCCUUGCCUUCUACCAGGCUUCCAACCUCCGACACCACGGUCCCACCUCAGCUCGGGCAUUCCUUCCGCCAUUCGGACACAAGUUAACGAUGUCAUGGCCAUUCUGGACGCCUCCACUGACACGCCCAGUGCCCGUGUGUCUCGACAUGGAUCAACCCCGAUAGUCGGCGAUUGGUGCAGCCAGACGACAUCACAGUCCUCUCUCAGCGACUCUUUCCAAACGGGAAUUGAAGGCUCGGCGACUGGACCAUCUCUUCGCCUCUCACGCGGUAGUGCAACAACAAACCGUCCCACCAGUCGCCCACCAGCAUUUGGCGACGGAUUUGAUGGCAUUCCCCUCAUCGAUGACCAUGCAUUUGCUCAUGCCACUGGACCGCUUGUCAUCCUCCACGGGAUCCCACCAUGCGGUUACAGCAGCCAAUUUCUCACCACCAUUGUUGACUCUCGAGAGCUUUAUGGGGGGGUCAACAGAACAACAAACCCCGUCGACUGCAACAAUGAUGCCUAUUUGACGAAACUCAAGGCCAAGAAACUGCUGGUGCGACAGAAGUCCACCGGACACAUCAUCCAAGUAUUCCCAUUGCGAGUACUCGGCCAUGACAGUGUGGACCAACAGAAGACCUGGCAACUCACCUCACGUUGGCAUCCCUACUUGAGGGGGUACUUAGAUCGCCAAGAUCGCAGCAUGGCCACCUCCGGCAAGACAUACUAUGUGGUGGAUGGAUGGUACGACGGACUUCCCUGUCAAAGAAUCGUCCAAUCCUUCGCCGAAGGCUGGGCAAUGCAAGCAGACGUAACUAACAAUGGCGCGAGUGACUCGCCAACCGGCUUCCGCGAACUGAGCAAGGCAAGAGAAUAUCUGAAGAGAAUCCGGGAGACCCGACCAGUCGAUGCUCGACAGCGGAUUCCUCCUAAGUGGGUAAUUGAUGCGGCCAUUCUUGGCACGGAAGAUCCCCAUUUUGCCUGUGCUGCUCAUUUUGGACAUUCCCCGGCACAAUGGUCUUAUGGCUCAGCAGGAAUUGAUGUUCCCGUGCCAACGCCACUUAGCCAACGUACUGUACCCACAGCCCCGGCGGAACAGGCAACCAAUCCCACCACCGCCACUGGAACCCCAGUUUGCAGUGGCUCCCGCCAACGUGCAGAACAGUUUGUUGAGGUAACGACCGCUGAUGGACAGCGAUUCACUGUCCCAGCUUCCAGUAUCAACCGCAGCAUGGGCACCUUCUCCAGGUCACGCGAUAAUGGAUCGGUCACGAGCCUGGACAGUCUCUGGAUGAGCCACAUUGAAUCACAACACCAUCUCAAGGAUGCUCUUGGAGCCAUCGUCCAAGGCAACCGAUUCACCCAUGACGACCAGCUCCGUGCCUCCACCGAACUACCGUCUCUCCCCUCUGCUCCCACUUCUACCGCUCUAUACCAGUGGAAAUGUGGAGUGGAAAACGCUCUUACUGGGGAUCAUUGGGAGGCUGCUGACCAAGAAAUUUGGGAGUACACCGAGACAACUGACCACAACAAGGACAUUUCCAAGGUCAUAGCGCGACUCCUUGUCAAGGCUACCAAGCAGAAUCGAACCAUCACGGACCUUCUCCAACGUGAACACAGUCUCAAACGACGUGGAUCCGAACUCCUUCAGGCCAUCCUCGACACCUUCCUACCAGUAACCAGUGACCGUGCUGAUGAUAGGUUUGCGGACGUUAGCACCUUGGUUCAGGAACAGCGCGAAUAUUGCGUCUUCUUCCUCUUGCGAUUGCGAUUCUUCAGUCGCCAAUAUAGAGUCGCCAGUGGCCAUAUGCUCCAGGACACAAUCCUUCGCGGUUGGUUCGUUGCCGGCACCAUUCGACACGGCCCAUAUCGGUCCGUUCUUUCCAAAUGCUACAAUCGCUUAAUCCGCCCUGGUGGCAAACUUCACGGUAUUCCCACCCUGGAGUGCAGCCUCGAUGCCCUCGCCGAACAUCUUGACAAUGUCCUCACCGGUGCCGAAAACAGCAAGUACUACUGCGACAGCAAAUUGUUAUCCGGCGAACAACCAAUUCGUGCUUACCCCAGCACCACCUCCUCCAAUCGUGGGAAGGCCCACCGCACUGGCUCUGUCACCACUGACUCUCCCAGCGAAUCACGGGGGGUAGCCUUUCAAACUUCUUCGCUGGAUGAUCCCAUGGCUCUCGUCAAUGCCCUUAAACCCUUUGAAGAUGUCACCGUCAGCAAAGAACAAGCACAGAACGUCAUGUACCACUUUGCAUGCCCAUGGUGUGCCAUUGCCCGUAAUAAGAACCCUCAACGACACCACAUGUCCACCUGCGACCACUGCAUCCCAGGGUAUAACAUCGAAUUCGACGGUGCCGCCUACAAGGAAGGCAAAUCGGAGCGUCGCCGCUCUUACAACAACAACAAUGAUUCUGGAACUGCCCGUGUGGCACACCAUGGCAAUGGCAGACGUACACUGGCACCCUCUGAUGAGGACGGGGACGACUCCAGUCACGACAGCGGAUGUGAGUCCACUACGUUUGACGUACCUACUACUGUAGAUCCAACCCACUCACCUGUUAUCCCUCUGUCUCGCAGAAAACUCUCACAUGGGUCAGUCCGGCUAACCACCAUUCCAGAAGAGACGUCGAGGGAUAUCAGCGAUGAAAUGGAACCCUCGGAUCUCAAUAGUAGUAAUACGUUAAACAGUAGUAAUCCACCCGUGAACGAAACGAUAUCCUACUCGUGCAAAUACAUACACAAGGGCCCACGACUAGGAGCGACAAAGACAGCCUACAUGGCCAUUAAGCCGAUCCCUGAACACUACGUGACCGGACGUGCCAUGUCAACGACGAACACACCUACCGACGCCCUUGCGUGUGUGGACUCCGGCGCAACAGGGGACAUGACACCUUACUUGGAGGAUUUUGUCAGUUACCAAGCUUUAGAUGGACAUUACAUUCGGGUGGCCAACGGUGCUCCCAUAUCCAUAGCUGGAUACGGAGAGCACCUGGAUGCAGCUUCCUCGCCGACCACACCGACUGUGUACUCAGUUUCCUUCCUUCUCUAUCCGCAUUGA